AUGCGAUACAUCCACAGUCUCGAGACCUUGGAGAUUCCCGAGGGAGUCAAGGUCCAAAUCAAGUCCCGCAAUGUCACAGUCGAGGGCCCCCGAGGCAAGCUUUCCAAGGACCUGAGCCACAUCGCGGUUAACUUCUCGCGACCGAAGAAGAAUGUUAUUGGCAUUGAGAUUCACCACGGCUCGCGAAAGGACGUCGCCACGCUCCGAACUGUCCGAACCUUGAUCAACAACUUGGUCAUCGGUGUCACUAAGGGCUUCAAGUACAAGAUGCGUUACGUCUACGCCCAUUUCCCCAUCAACGUCAACGUCGAGAAGAACAGCGAGACUGGCAACUUCGAGGUCGAGAUCCGAAACUUCAUCGGUGAGAAGCUCGUCCGAAGAGUCGUUAUGCAGGCCGGUGUCGACGUCCAGAUCUCCACAUCCCAGAAGGACGAGCUGCUCCUCCUAGGCAACUCCCUCGAGGAUGUUUCCCAGAGCGCCGCCGACAUCCAACAGAUCUGCCGAGUCCGAAACAAGGAUAUCCGAAAGUUCUUGGACGGCAUGUACGUUUCUGAGAAGGGCAACAUCGCGGAAGAGGCCUAA